AUGGCGAGAAAUCGUGUCGCCAAAGAGAAGAAGAAUGCCAUCAUCAUCGGCAUAGACUUCGGCACGACCUUCUCCGGCGUCAGCUGGGCCCACUCUGGUCAGCCAGACGACAUCGAGGUCAUCAGCCGCUGGGAGUCCAAGAUGAACCUUAACUCCGACAAAGAGAAAGUGCCCUCCUCCAUUCUGUUCCGAGGAAAGCGCGGCAACUCCUCUUGGGGAUACGCCAUACCCAAUGACGGCAAGCAGGAGCCAUUGAAGUGGUUUAAGCUCUUGCUCGUUGACGAAUGUGAUCUUCCCGAGAACGUCCGAGAUUCUAGCCAGAUUGAGGCUGCCAGAAAGCUGGCUAGGAGCGCCAACAAAGAGCCGGUCGAGAUCAUCAGUCGAUAUCUUCAGCACCUAUGGAAUCACGCCAUAGAGUGCAUUGGAAGCACACUUGGCGAUGUAAUGGUGAAGAUGUGUCAGUUCCACGUCGUCAUCACUCUUCCGGCAAUCUGGCCGGACUACGCCAAGGCCAGAAUGCGCAGGGCUGCCGAAGAUGCCGGCUUGCUGGAGGCACGGCCAGCUGGAAUGACGAGCUUAUCCUUCAUUUCUGAGCCUGAAGCGGCGGCUCUGGCUACAAUGAAGGACUUAUCGAAGAUGCCCACCGCCAAGGUUGGCAAUCACAUCGUUGUGUGUGAUGCUGGUGGCGGCACCGUGGACCUGAUUACCUACGAGAUUCUGAGUUUGAAACCAUUCAUCGUUCGAGAGGCAGUCCAGGGUGACGGUGACCUAUGUGGCGGUGUCUUCUUGGAUGAAGCAUUUGUCAAAAUGCUACAGGAAAAAGUCACACCGCAAGCUUGGAACAAUAUUCCCAAGGGGGAGGUUGCAAAGCUAUUGAAUAACGACUGGGAAUAUUGCAUCAAGCCUUCUUUCAAGAAUCUGGAAGACGACUGGCACGUCAGUCUUCCUCCUGAGUGUCGCGCUCCUGGAUCUCAACAGCGCGGCUUGAAGCGCAAGCGCAACCUCGUCCUCGACAGUGAGGACUUGCUUGAAGUUUUCGACCCCGUCGUUAACCAGACAAUCUCACUGGUCAAGAAGCAGAUUGAUGCCGUCAUGACCAAAACAGAUUCGAAGCCCAAGCAAAUCAUCCUUGUCGGAGGAUUUGGCAGAUGCCCGUAUCUACGAAGUCGCCUCAAGGAAGAAGUUGGAAAGGACGUCGAGAUUCUUCAGGGUCAUGGCGCCAAGCCGUGGACUGCAAUUUGUCGGGGUGCGACCAUCCAUGGACUGACGCGCCGCAACCUCGCACCUGGUCUCGCGGUCGAGAUCCAGUCGAGAGUCUCGCGUCUCAGCUACGGCACCUGUUGCACGAUGCCUUAUGAUCCUGUGGAGCAUAACAAGGACGACAAGUUUUGGUGCAAGGAAGAGCUCACGUGGAAGGUUGAUAAUUGCAUAGAAUGGUUUCUUGAGCGGGGGACUGAUGUCUCUACCGCAGAUCCGGUCUCCAAAUCGUACUACCGUCUUUGGGAGUCAGUUCCCAGCGAGGUCAGUGACACAAUCUAUUCCAGCGCGGUAUGGCCCCCUCCGAAAAGGUUGAAUGACAGCGUCAACGAGCUAUGCACCAUUGCUUGGAGAAAGAAGAUCAAGUUCUCAUCCCUUCCGCGCUUCACUAAUCCCAUGGGCAAAGUCUUCGCAAAGAUCACUUACGACAUGGAGAUGACCUGCUCCGGAAGAAGCGUGGAUUUCACUGUCAUACACGAUGGCAAGCAGGUGGCAGCUAAGAAUGUCGAGGUGGUCUUCAAGUCGGAGGACGAGUGA